AUGUCAUGGCUGUCUCUGGCGUCCGGGCAGUUUGGCUUUUUCGACCAGUUAUUCGGAAACCAACAACAACAACGGGGAUCCAGUGGAGGGCAGUACCAGUAUAAUGUCCAUGUUGAUUCCAUAUCAUGCUCCACCUAUUUGUGUCCAGACAGCCUUGUCUGUGUCGCUCAGCCGUCCGAGUGUCCAUGCCCAUAUGCGGAAGAUGUCCGGUGUGUCAUACCAGAUCUUCAAGACGGCGGAGGUGCUGGUACCGUCGCCUGUGUAAGAGGAACGGAGGGAUGUUCAGUGAUAGAACGUCUGGCGUCCCCGUUUUCUCGCUAG